GGACAGCUGUUUACUCCCAGCCCACGUCACCAGGCACACAGAAACACAAAACUGAGUCAGAGGGUUUGUGAAAGGUUUGUGCAACCUUAUCUCGGAUGUCCCCUGAGACCUGGGGCUUGGCCCAGGACUCCUCAUACCAGCGAGCGAGCUGCUGUAAACAAGGAAAGAGCACAAGGCUCUCGGAGCAGCUGGAGCCUCCCUGGCGCUGAGAAGCCGACACUGAAACGCACGCUGUGCCAGCGUAUCAUCCAUCUUCCCCUGGCCCUGGGGGCCUCAGUGGUGCCCUGUGAGCUCUACCUGCUCUGACCUGCUGUGGGACACAUCCCUGCAGAGCCCCACCAUCCAGCCAUGCUGCACUUCCCCUGGGACAGCAUCUCCCUCCAGACAUUCCUCAUCUUUCUCCUUGUCUUCCUGCUCAUCACUGACUACAUGAAGAACAGAACUCCAAAGAACUUCCCUCCCACCCCCUUCCGCCUUCCCUUUUUGGGGCACCUCUACCUUGUAAACUUCAAAGAUCCCGUGGCCUCAGUGAAGAGGCUGAGUAAAAGAUACGGUGACAUCUUUGGCAUGCACAUGGGCAGCAUGAAGUUAGUGAUGGUAAGUGGGAUGCGGCUGGUGAAGGAAGUGCUUGUGAACCAAGGGGAAAAGUUCAUGGACCGCCCUGAUCUUCCUCUCGACGAGGAGAUCUUCAGCAAGAUGGGACUGAUCUCCUCCACCGGGCACCUGUGGAAGGCACAGAGGAGGUUCACCCUGACCACACUCCGAAACUUCGGCUUGGGGAAGAGGAGCCUGGAGGAGCGCAUCCAGGAGGAGUGCCAAUACCUCGUGGAUGCAUUUAGGGAUGAGCAGGGGAAUCCUUUCAACCCUCAGUUUAAAGUCACUAAUGCUAUUUCAAAUGUCAUCUGCUCCCUCAUCUUUGGCAAUCGGUUUGAAUAUCACGAUGAGGACUUCCAAAGGCUGCUGAAGCUGAUGUACGACACGACUGUCCUCCAUGGAGCCAUCACGAGCCAGCUGUAUAACAACUUCCCAUCUAUAAUGAAGUACUUACCUGGAGCCCACCAAACCAUUUUUAAAAACUGGAGGGUGUUGAAAAAAUUUAUGCAAGAGCAGAUCAACAAACACAAGGAGGACUGGAACCCCUCGGAGUGCCGAGACUACAUCGACAGCUACCUGCUGGAGAUUUCCAAGGACAACGGCAGUGACACCUUCCAGGAGGAACAUCUCACGGCCUGCACACUCGACCUGCUGGUAGCCGGGACCGAGACCACGUCCUCAACCCUCCGCUGGGCUUUGCUGUUUAUGGCCACGUAUCCAGAAAUUCAAGCCCGGGUGCAAGCCGAGAUCGAUGCAGUCAUUGGCCAGGCACGGCCACCAGCCCUGGAGGACAGGAACAACUUGCACUACACCAACGCUGUCAUCCAUGAAGUGCAGAGGAAAGGCAACGUUAUCCCUUUCAACGUGCCAAGAAUGGCAUCAGAGGAUACCCACUUGGAUGGCUACUACAUCCCAAAGGGCACUCUUGUAAUGACAAAUUUAACCUCUCUGCUGUUUGACAAGAGUGAGUGGGAAACCCCUGAUGCUUUUAACCCCGAGCAUUUUCUGAAGGAUGGGAAGUUCUGUAAAAAAGAAUAUUUUAUACCAUUUUCUGUGGGAAAGCGUGCCUGCCUGGGAGAGGUGCUGGCCCGUGCUGAACUCUUCCUCUUCUUCACAUCCCUGCUCCAGAAAUUCACCUUCCAGGUACCCCCAGACACCAAGCUCAGCCUCCAGCCCAUGAUAGGCAUUGCAGUGGCCCCACAGCCCUACAAGAUCUGUGCUGUGCCUCGGUAGGGAAGCCUUGGCCACCAUCCUCACAUGGAAAAUCCUCUGUGAAGAGUGCUGAAAACAAGCUCUUGACAGCUCCAGGGGGAGGCUAGGGGGUUUCUUUCUUUCAAAGCAAUUGCAAAAACAUUUCUAUUGCAAGUAGACCUUGCACCCUGUAUCCUGUGAUAAUGUGAUCAGGUGAUCAGUCUGGGAGCUACCAGAGCAUUUUUAGGCUUGCCCUAUGACACUGUAAAUGAAUGAGAGGCUUAGGGCUUUCCUAAUUUUAUGAUGGAUGGCCAUGGUUCACCUUGGCAAAAUGAGGGAUAGAGACUGCAUUGUUGAGGCUGUGGCUGGGUACAGUGGAAGGGCAAUAUCAGCCUUUGUUUUAUAACAUUAACACCAGUAUUAAUUUGACAUUUCCUUAAUAUGUACUCCUCUAAAAAAAUGUCACUCUAUAAAACCUGUCCCAUGCAUCAAUAAAUCUUUACCAAAACA